GACGCACGGGGGUCAGAGGUCAUUUUGUACGUCGGCGUGCUGCUUUGGCGCCAGAGGUUUCGCGGGGAUCAAGAGAAGGAGGCGAAAAGACGCCACAGAAAGACGCAAAACACCACGAAACUUAAUUUAUCCAAAGCAGAUUCUCCGUGAGUUUUACCGGACGUGGAGCUGCGCUGUUUGAGCUUUUAGACUCGGGGGAAGCUGCGUCGUAUGUAGUGUUCCCAAAACAGCUCGUGGUGAGGUGAGAGCGGGCAUACGGGCAUAAUGAUGGCGACAGCGGUCCCUCCAGGUAGCUCCAGUUUCCUGCCUCUCCUUGAGUCUCUGGAGGACGGCGCCGCGGGGACGUCCGGUCAGACCGACGCCUACCUCACCAUCGCCAAUCGACUGAGUGGAGAUGAAGGGCGUCAUUUUCUGCCUGCUGUUGAAAAGCACUUUUCCCGUUUGGGUAAAAUUAUUUUGGCUCAUAUAACCAGUACAAAUGUGGAGUUAAGCCAAGCUGCACUUCAGGCUCUGGGCUUCUGCGUCUAUCACUCCAACGUCGCCUCGGGAGCCUCAGAAACCUUAGCAGAAGAAAUACUCUCAGCACUUUGCUCGUUGGUGGUGAAGUCGACAGACAAGAAUACAUGCACCAGAGCAUUAUGGGUAAUCUCCAAACAGAACUUCCCUUCAAAAAUAGUAGCAGCAAAAGUACCGUCAGUGUUAAGUGCGUUGGAAAGUGUUUGGAGCAGAGACGACAUCCAGUCUGUGGUAAUGGAGCACGAAGCUCUCAAUGUUGUCAUCAGGCUGCUGGAGCAGGUGCCCGCUCAGAUGGGCGAGGGGGCAGUGCGCUGGGCCAAGCUGGUCCUGCCUCUGGUGGUGCAUUCUGCCUCUAAAGUGCGGCUCAGGGCAGCAGCUGCUCUGGAGAUGGGCCUGUCUCUGCUGCUGGAGAAACAGACAGAAGUGGCUGCUAUAAUAGAGCCGAUGAUGUCCACUAAAUUGAUCCCAGAGCUGCAGAAGCUUUUCAUGACCAAGAAUGAAACGAAUGUUCUAAAACUUUGGCCUUUAUUUGUGAGAUUACUUGGAAAGCUUUUACAUAAAGGAGGUCCUUUUAUAAACUCAUUGUUACAUUUGGAGGAGCAGGGCUUCCGUAGCUCAUCUCCGACCAUCAAGAAAAUAGCUUUCCUCGCCUGGAAGAGUUUGAUUGACAACUUUGCCCUUAAUCCAGAUAUUCUGUGCAGCUCAAAGCGUAUGAAGCUCCUCAUGCAGCCGCUCUCAUCCAUCAACGUCCGGACGGAGCCGCUGCUGCUCACCAAGGUGGAGGUCUGGUGGUACCUGGUGGUGCAGCUUGGUCCAAACUUGGCUCCGAACUUUGAUGUGGUUUCCGUUCCUCUUCUCCAAAGCACCAUCGGCUGUGAAUCCGUGUCAGUCCCUGGAACGCCCUCUAGAGGCGGAAUUCAAAACGGAGGGCACGCACCCGGCACUCCCAAGAACGCAGGUGGCGCCGCGCUGAACGCCUCCCUGGCCACUCCCCGCAUGAACCUAAACUCCAGCGUCAGCGUCUCCUCCAGCUUCCCCUCCAUCCAGCUGCUCGGCCUGGAAAUGCUCCUCCACUACUUCAUGGGGCCUGAGGUUGUGGCUGCUGCAGCACAAAACAAGCUCAAACUCAGCCUUGAGCCCCUGAAGACCCCGUUUCUGUCUGGCGCUUCUUCCUUUACUAAACACGCUGCUGUGCUCAUCACAUGUGUCAGAGAUGGACUGAUCGGGAUCGGCAAAGACGCGCCUGAGCCUCUUCUUACACUUUUAUGGGCUAAUCUUCUCCGGUUUGUUAACGUCUCCAUCGAAUCGGUUGGUUCUAAAAAAGACCGUCAGGGUUGUGAAGUGCUAGGCCUCACUCUUCAGGCGCUUCAGAGUGUUGUCCUGUCUGAAGCUUUACCGUCAAAACGAGUCCUGUUUUUGAUUGAGGCGACUGUAAAGGCCAUUCCUCCGAGAGUUCUUGCCUCCGCCUCGUAUCAAGUCGGGAAAAUGGAUGUUUUGAACGGAACACCAGCUCUGUUUCUCAUUCAACUCCUCUAUGACAGCAGCAUGUUGUCUGCGUAUGUUGAAGAUGAGAGAUUUGUGCAGUGCCUUCAGACUCUGGUGAGCUGUGGUCUGUCCGGGCCCGCCUCCCCUCUGGCGUUUGCAGAGGCCGUGAUGAGCGCCAUCAAACGCAGCUCGGGGACCGUUCAGAACAAAGAGCAGCUGUGGAAGAUGUGGAGCGUCGUGGUCAGCUGCCUAACGGACACGGUCACACACUCGAAUGAGGUCAACCAAGGAGAUGCUUUGGAGCACAACUUCAGCGCCAUGUACUCCGCUCUGAUGUUUCCGAUGACCCACCUCCUACAGGCCCCGCCCCUCCAACAGGCGUCACAAAAGUCACUGUUGUCCACAUGGUCCAAGCUGUACAAGGUCUUCGCCCGCUGCUCUGCUCUGGUGAUCACGGCAGAGGAGAACAUCUGCUGUGAGGAGCUCUGUGCCAAGAUGGCCGCUGCAGUGGACAAGGACGCUCUCCUGGUUCCUUCAACAUUAAAUGUGGUUUCGAACAUUCUCCAAGUGCUUGUUGAUAGUGUGGACUUCACGCCCUACACGCCCCAUUUUCAGCAGAAGGUUAAAUCUCCUCACACUCCAGUGAACUGGAUGAAAAAGAGGAACAAGGUUUUGGGGAACCUGUCGACGUUUCAGUCUCUGGUGGUUCAGUGUCUAAACGUGUUUUUGGACGAAUGUGGCGCCUCAUCUGAGGCCCCGGGCGUCGCUCUCGUGUCCGUCCUGUCCACUCUCUUCUCAAAUCUGGUUCUGGCCAGUGCAGUGCAAGAGCUGCUGUCCACUGUGGUCCAGCCGCUCACACGGCUCUACAGACAGACUGCUACUGAACCAGCCACGUUCAGCUCACAGUUUGUGACUAAAUUGGAGAAGUUCAUCUCUGAGGCCCUGAGCUCCCUACAGUCUCGCUCCACUUUGGCCUUUAACUCUGAGCUGCUGGAGCUGCUGUGUCCUCUGCUCUGUGUCCUCUUCUCUCACAAAAACAAGCAGCUCAGAACCACUGUCACACACUUCUGGAACGCUUCCUUUGCAAACUCCAUCAGCCUCGUUUACCCGGAGGAGCUCAGGCCUAUUCUGAGUCAGGUGAAGCAGAAAACUCCCAUCAUCCUUCCUGGUUUUGAAGUGGUCAGUGUCCCUGAUGACCUCAGUGGACAGGAUUUGUCUGAAUGCUCUCAGCUAGAAACAAAGCUCAGUGGCAUUCCCAUCUCCUCUUUGGGAAAGAGGGAUUCACUUUUGGGAAAGACACCUGAGGCAAAGGAUCGGACCUCCAGCAAAACAUCAAAACUCGUUUCUACAAAGCUGGACUUUGGCUCUCCCAAAGCUCCUUGCCGAAGCGUCCUGGAGGAGGAGGCGUCUGUGGACUUUGUGUUUAUUCCUCCAGAGACAAAAGAGCGAGUUUUGACUGAACAUCAAAAGGAAGUGAAGCGAACUAAAAGGGUGGACAUUCCCGCCAUGUACAACAACCUGGACGCGUCUUUGGACAGCACAGCGUUCACACAGUACACACAGAGCCAGGACUCAGCGGACAUGUUGCCGUCAGAGCAAAAGGGUGAAGUUACCAAAGAAGAGGAGGCGUCUGUCAAGACUUCUGCACCUGAGGCGACAGAUGGAGCUGGGAAAACAACUGAAGCUGUGCCAGAGGAGACCCAAGACUUUGUUAGUCCAAGAGCAGAAGAGCAGAAGUCAUGUGACCAGCAGGACGAGGUUGUCCCGGACUCCACGGAUGUGUCUAUGGAGGAGGAGGUCCAGAAUGAGGAAACGAAUAAAGACACGAACUCACAAGCUAAUGUCAGUCCAAAUACGUCACAGGUGGCAUCGGGUACACCGCAGAAAAGCAGACGUCAGCCCUUCAUCACUCUGGAGCAGUAUGGAGAUGGCAAACCCUCGAGCCCCAGCAGUGUAUUCACCGGGUCAAAGGUUAAAACGUCAAAUAGCCAAAAGAUUUCUCCCUCUACUCCUUCUACAGCGGACAGUUUGAACUCCCAAAGCUCUCAAACGGAGAAGCCAACGACCUCAGUUGAUACGACACCAGAGUCUCCUCGUUUGCCGAAAGACGGGAAAGAACUAAAAGGAGUGAAGCUGACUGACAGACUUCCUAGUGACACCACCGAGGAUGAGGACAUGAUCCCGGACACGCAAACAGAAACGCAAGCUGAAACCCCAACAGAAAAGAAAACACAAACCGAAAUGCCAUCUGAUACUCCAACUGAUACUCCAACUGAAACAGCAGCUGAUACUCCAACUGAAACACCAACGGAAACAGCAGCUGAUACUCCAACUAAAGAAGAAUCCAGCUCUCAGGAAAGCCAGUCCUCAAAACACUCGGAAGAAUCAGAUGUCGACUCUCAGUUAUCUCAGGGAGAGCCGAGACGAUCCAGCCGUCAGAGGGUCCGCCCCCUGCUUCCCGGAGAAGAUCCCGGAGAGCGCGAUGAGAAAUUUGCACAGCUCAAAAGAAGACGCACCGCCGAAGAUGUCAAAGAAGAAGUUCAAGUUAAACAUUACACAAGAAGCAAAUGUGCGGAGGAAGACGGUACCAAAGACAGGCGGAGGACAAGAUCUCAAGCGGAGAAGGAGGAGUCGAGUCAAACUGGCUCUGGGAAAAGGAGGAGACGCUUCAGUGGUUCUCAGGACUUCGUAGAGAAACCUGGACGGAGGAGGAGUUUGAGGGAGACUAGGCAAAGCGACUCGGAGUCACAGUCUGAGAAGGAAAGUCGGCCGGUGGGAAGACCUCCGCGUAAAAGCAAAGUAACACCUGAAAAGGAGAAGGAUGAAGUGAAGGAAAAAACUGAAAUGGCAAAGGAUGAACCAAAUUCAAACGGUUCCGUCACGUCUUCCCUUCAGUCAUCACCAGACUCACAGGCCGUGGUCGUCUUGAAAAAAAUAGACGGCGAAUUACAGCCGAGCCCCAGUGCCACACCAGAUAGCAGCGUUUUAUCUGAGGUCAAAGUUGAGCUUGAAAAAGAACUUGAAAAAUGUCCGCCUGAUUGUACGCAAGCUGAAGACGCUAAUGUUCUCGAUGUAAAUCAGGAGGAUGCGGUCGGUGAUGUCUCCGAACCGCAAGUCGAUUCUCAAAGUUGCAGUGCCCAAAAUGAGCCUCAAGAUGCAGAAACGCAGAUGCAAAUAACUGAACCUUUGGAGUCGCCCUCUGACCCCACUGCAGAUGGACUGUCAGAGGAGGAGGAGACCAAAACAACAGAAGAGCCACAGGACCAACCCCUAGAGGCCAGUGAAGGUGCUACAGCCAUUCACGACAUCUCUGAAGACAAUGCCGAGGUGAUGGAGGGUGAGGAGAAGCCCGAAGACCAUGUGGUUCACCCGUCGGAGGAGCUUAAAGUAACAGAAACAGAUGCUGAAGGGGAGGCGUGCGCUACAGCUGAAGACGACGCGCUCCCGGCCUCCCCCGUGAAGCAGAUGGACCCGGAGACACCCGCGGGGCCAGAGGCGGGACAGAGCCCGAGCAGCCUGACCAAAGGAACAUGGUCUCCCACGGCAUCGCCAUCCACCAGUAUUCUCAAGAAAGCCCAGAAGAGGGCGCUAGAGGUGGAAACUCCCUCACCCCUGGUCAAGUCCAGGAGAGUGUCGUUUGCUGAUCCGAUCCAGCAUCAGGAGCUGGCCGAUGACAUCGACCGCCGCAGUCCUGCUCUCAGAACCAGCUCCCCAAGAAGAACCAGGAUGGGCAUCGGCAGCAUCCCUCAGCCUAAAUUUGUCACUACACCUACGAAAGGCUUAAUCACUUUGAGUCCAAGAAAUCUGAAUAGUCCAGGAUACAAGAGCUCCAAGAAGUGCCUGAUUUCUGAAAUGGGUCAAGAGCCUCGUCCUGUGUCUAAAGACUGUAUUUACCCCGCGCUGGUCGGCUGCACGGCUCCUGUGGAGGCGGUGCUGCCUCGGAUCGCCUCGACCGUGUGGUCCAGAGGUUUUGGACAAAUAGUUAGAGCCAGAAACAUCAAAACCGUUGGUGACCUCAGCGCACUUACACCGACCGAAGUCAAAGUUCUGCCCAUUCGAUCGCCAAAAAUCUCCAACGUGAAGAAGGCUCUGAAAAUCUACGAGCAGCAGCGCAAAGGCAGAGGUGGAGAUGAGCUGAAGAGUUUUGAUGAGACGGAGCUGAUGACCUCAGAGGUGGACGAGACCAGCGCUGCCCAAAACCAGGACGAGGACCAGAAAACUCUCGCCUCAGAUGCGUUAGCCACAGAGCUGGUGUUUGACGCCGUUUCCGCUGAGAAGAUGGAGCAGGACUCUUCGGUGCCCGCCCCCCCGGCCCCUCAGACCUCUGCAGACCCAGGCCUCGUGUCGGAGUUGGAGCCCAACCACACGCACCCUCCUCCUGACCCUCUGACCUCUGGAGACCUGGUUCCCGGUGUGGACCUUGUGACUGGGUUGGAGCUCCUCCAGAGCAGGAGCAGCCUGGAGGCUCUGAGCCGCUGCUCUCCUCAGCAGCUCCUCGUCGUUCACCAGCGGCUCGGUGACAUGAUGAAGGCCGUGGUGCUGGAGAUGCACUCGCGUCUGUCCAACAGCCACUCACAAUAAGACUCAUCUAAAGGACUUUUAUUCAAACAAUCACUGAGGCACAUCUGUCCUUUAUCCAUUUUCUAUUUCCAGCUCAUUAGGAACUGCUCAUUUUAAUCUUUUUUUUUUUUUUUUUAGGUAAGAUUGAAUUUUUAUUUGGCUAAAAAAAAGAUGAAUAUUUUUUUAGAAAAGAAUUGAAGCACAGCUGAUUGUCUUGGAUAUUUUAAUACAAAUUUGAACAGUGACAUUUUAUAAGACAAACCACAAAUGAAUGAUAGAAUAACUGUUCAAACUCCUGUAAAUAAUGACCUGCUCCCUGUGCGUUUACGUGUGUGUUUACGUGUGUUUUUACAUGUGAACACACACGCCGCUGUCUGUAUGAAUGUAAAUGUCUGCUCUUAUAAACCUGAUUGCCCUUUUACUGUCACAGCUGUAGAUUUGCUGCUUCAGGAUUUUAAACUAUUAAAUAUUUCAAUAAAAGAUGUUGUUUGUUACUUGACUUUUC